AUGUCACUCAAAUAUGAAAAUGGGCUAAAUUUUAAAAAAGAGAACAUAAUACAUGAUUAUGAUAAUUUUGAUAAUUUCGAACCGUUAAAUAUCGGAGAAUCAGACUUAUCUUAUAAAGCAACAUUUAAGAAAUAUACCGAAUAUGUUAUUCUGAGACCAUUAACAAUAUCUCAACGAUUUACUCUAAAAGAUUUUAUUGAAGAACUUAAUAGAUACCAAGAUGUAAAAUUACAUAAUAAUAUUUUACGAAUUUUUGGAUUUACUAUACCAGCUAAUAGGCAUAAAUUUGCACACCUUCACAUGAAUGAAUUGGUUAGAGGUAAAUUACAAAAUCAAAAUGCGACAUUUGUCACUGUUAAUAAUAUAUGGGAUAAUUGGGUCAUGCCACCACCAUUAUUAACACCACCAGCGCUAGCACCAAUGUAUAUCUUUCCCGACUAUCCUAUUUAUAAUUUUCAAUUUGGUGCUAAUGAACAACCUCAACUUAAUGUUAUUAAUAAUGGAAAUUUUCCAAAUGCUAAUGAACAAAAUGGAAAUUUUCAAAUUUUUGUUGAUGGAAAUUUUCAACAUGCCAAUGAACAAAAUGAAAAUUUUCAACUUGGUGCUAAUGAACAAAAUGGAAAUAUUCAAUUUGGUGCUAAUGAACAAAAUGUAAAUAUUCAACCUGGAGCUAAUGAACAAAAUGAAAAUAUUCAACAUGGUGCUAAUGAACAAAAUUUAUUUUUCACCUAUCAAUUUGAAUAA